AUGCCGUCCUCCACCCCAUCGGCACGUCCCUCAGGCCCCUCAGGCCUGACACGGGGCUAUCUUUUUACCUACAACACCCUCAAUCUGGCAACAUGGGGCCUCUGCGUCGUGUACACGGUCAGCCUGCUGCCAACCUACGCCCCGACCAAGCACCUUCCCACCGUCUUCCGCCUCACUUUCAACCCGCUUCUUCUGGCUACCCAGUCACUUGCCAUCCUUGAGGUUCUCCACAGCUUGGUGCGUCUGGUGCGCGCUCCUGUCAUGACCACUGCGAUGCAGGUUGCGUCCCGACUGCUACUGGUUUGGGGCAUCAUGUUUCCCUUUGCCGGUGAUAUUGUCGGCGCUGAUGGCGUUGCCCAAUUGGGUGACUAUGCGUAUCUGGGCUGUGUGGGUGCAUGGGGAAUCACCGAGAUCAUUCGAUAUGGGUUCUUUGCAAUCACGCUCUCAGGAAAUACAGUGCCUGCGUGGUGGACCUGGUUGCGAUACAACACUUUCUACAUCCUUUAUCCCAUCGGUAUCUCAAGCGAGUGCACGCUCAUUUUCAAGGCGCUGGAGCCAGCGGCUGCGAUCAACCCAUUGUUCCGCUGGGCUCUUAUCGCUAUUCUCAUAAUUUAUGUGCCGGGUUCCUAUGUGCUGUACACGCACAUGAUCGCACAACGGCGCAAGGUUCUUCGCGGCAAGAAGCGCGCUGAUUAG